AUGAACGACACCAUUGCCGCUGGUGAGUCGAGUUCAACCAAGAUACCAAAGUCAUCAAGCUCAGUGUCAAUAGACCUUGGCCUCAAUGCCUCGGGCUUCAACUGGGACAAGGCCACAAGAACCGGGAGCGGGGGUAUCGUAAUCUGGAUGUCAAGCAACCUCAUCGACUGGUCUGCUCCCACGCUGAAUCGUGGAGGCCGGCACUGCCGGCAUUGUAUGGGCCGAUGCAAAGGCCCGUUGACAUGUCUUCUGGACCGCCCGACACGGGCCACCGCAACGCUCGACCGCAUCGGAUACACUACCUUCAAGGACUCAGUCACCUUCAGCCCGGUUCGGGACUGCUUCACUCUUGCGAAUAGGCCAACUCAGUAUGUGCCAUUCUGCCCGUUGCAAUAUCCAGUCACCUAG